GUGACAUAUGUCGGAUGGAUAUGAAAGUGCCGGUGGAGUGGUUUCUUCUUCCUUUUCUUCCGUGGCCGCCAUCGAGUUAGGAGCGUGGUUCCUGGCGAGCCGUGAAAACUUACAAUAAUGACUUGCGCCAGGCCGUUAAUUACGGUCUUCUCCGAGAAAGGGGAGACAUCCGGCAAAAAUGUGGUUCUUCCUGCAGUGUUCAGGGCUCCCAUUCGCCCUGAUGUUGUGAACUUUGUGCAUACCAACAUGCGCAAGAACAAGCGCCAGCCCUAUGCUGUCAGUGCACUGGCCGGUCACCAGACCAGCGCUGAGUCCUGGGGCACAGGAAGAGCCGUGGCCCGUAUUCCCCGUGUCCGCGGUGGUGGUACCCACCGCUCCGGACAGGGUGCUUUCGGAAAUAUGUGUCGUGGUGGCCGCAUGUUUGCCCCCACAAAGACCUGGCGCCGUUGGCACCGCAGGGUUAACAUUAACCAGAAGCGUUAUGCCAUCUGCUCUGCCCUGGCUGCCUCUGCUCUGCCUGCCCUGGUCAUGGCCAAAGGUCACCGCAUUGAGGAGAUUCCUGAGGUACCACUUGUUGUUGAUGAUAAAGUUGAAGGAUACAAGAAGACUAAGGAGGCCGUGCUUCUGUUGAAGAAGCUUAAGGCAUGGAACGACAUCAAGAAGGUUUACGCCUCUCAGCGCAUGCGCGCUGGUAAGGGUAAGAUGAGGAACCGAAGGCGUAUCCAGCGCAAGGGACCAUGCAUCAUCUACAACGAAGACAACGGUGUGACACGAGCAUUCAGAAACAUCCCUGGUGUCACACUGCAGUCUGUGAGCAGACUGGACUUGUUGAAGCUUGCUCCAGGUGGACACAUUGGACGUUUUUGCAUUUGGACUGAGGGUGCAUUCCGCAAAUUGGAUGAUCUCUAUGGCACUUGGCGUAAAGCCUCCUCCCUUAAAGUGGACUACAACUUGCCCAUGCACAAAAUGAACAACACAGAUCUGCACAGAAUCCUGAAGAGUGAAGAGGUCCAAAAGGCACUUCGUCCUGCUAAACACAAGAUUCAUCGCAGAGUGCUCAAGAAGAACCCUCUGAAGAAUCUGAGAGUGAUGUUGAAGCUAAACCCCUAUGCCAAGUCAGUCCGUCGCCGUGCUAUCCUGGCACACAACCCUGAAAUCAAGGCCAAGAUGUUGAAACCCAAGAAGAAGAGGGUUGUGAAGAAGAAUAAGGGCAAGAAGCCUGCAGCUGCUCCUGCUCCGGCCCCUGCCCAAGCUUAAACCUCAUGAACAGACUAUGGAGUUCACAAAUGAUUUUCAAAUAAAACAGCCGUUGAAAAUUCUGA